UUGCUUCCUUUUCACCAAGAAGCGGUCAGUGCUGCUUGUCGUGCAGAGCUGAGCUUGAUGUUCAGAGAAAUACUUUGCCUUUCUGCCAAUUAUCAGCUCCCUUCUAAGGGGUCCCUAACAGGUACCAGGAGAAAUGGAGGAUGAGGAAGGCUACAUGGCACUUAAAAUCCGACCAAGGCAACACUACAGACAGAGUCCUCAACCUCAGAAUCACGAAACUGUAUCACACCAUUGCCGAUGCUGUCAGAUCAUUGCUGGGGUUGGAGGUGCUGUAAUCCUGCUCCUGGUAGGAGCUGCCCUUGCUGGUAUUUGUGUUUUUCAGUUGUGUGGAUGUAAUCUUGAGGAUGCUCCAGAGAAAGGCCUUGUCUUCCAGAGAUCCAGCAAUGAAACAGAAGAUAAUUCACACUUGGACACUGUAACUAAAUUAAGGACAUUUUUCUGUAAGCCACUUGAUGGCAGCACCACAGAAUGUAGACUCUGCCCUGUCAACUGGCUUCCUCACAAGAGUAAGUGCUACUGGAUCGCCAAAGAAAAACAAUCCUGGCACAAGAGUCAAGAAGACUGCAGAGAAAAACAUGCCCAAAUGCUGGUGAUAAAGAGCCAAGAAGAACAGAGCUUCAUAUGGAAGAUGAUUAGUGAAGGAAAAAAACUUCCAUGGCUUGGACUUAAAACCACAUCCUCUGGAGGCAACUGGUCCUGGAUAGAUGGCUCCCCAUUAAAUGACACAAUGUUGCAGUCAUUAGGUAUUGCAGAACCGAACAGCUGUGGGAUGCUGAAGAACAACCAGAUUACUUCACAAGCCUGCGGUGCCCUCGCAGAGUGGAUCUGUGAGACUGGAGCUCUUCUGGUGUAAAUAACAAAAUGGAAAAAUGAACCGUUGGGACAAAACACCAACAUAGAGUCAACAUAAGUUCUGAAAUCAUUAUGUGGUAGGACUGUACAGCCAUUUCAGGACUGGAUUUGGAUCUUACCAAUAUGCAUAUCCAAGAGGAAAUGACAGCAAUAUAGCUCCAAGUCACAGUUCCCGAACCCCUGGUCCACAGCCCAGUGCCGGUCCAU